AACAAGUCACUUUUAAACAAUGUCUUCUUUUAAAUAAUGUCUUCUUUGGUUCAGAACAUUAGCAGGGUGAAAACCUUCUCUGCAAAACUGGACUAUAAACUCUGAUGACAUGACGGGUGCAAGUGAAUCACACACGCCAUAUGCCGAGUCAUCCAACCAAUCAGACAAAAAUGACAGUGCAGACCAACAUAAUAACAUAUCCAUAAGAAUUUAAAUAUCUUAUUGAACUCAUUAAGGAGAUUAUUUCGUUAUUUUGGACUCAGCAUUGGAAAUGAGCAAAUCAAGGACCAUUUUGCUUCUGUCCUCUGGUAGAGAUGGGCGCACUUGUCAGCAAUCUGCAUUUUCUAUGCGUUAGUCUUGUCUUUGCUAACAGCUGUUUACCAAAUUAACAUCUCUUUAGCUGAAAGAACUCCAUUGGUGAAGGUGACAAGUAAUUGCGAUAAAAUAAGUAGGAGUAAAUUAACACUCGCCAUUGUUCUAGACAAAGCCGGGCGGAAAUAAUGAACACAUACAUUAACACGUGGAUUAAAAUGAAGCCAAACAAAGUAAAAGUCACUUAACUCGACGGUCACUGAAUCACCAAAACGUGAGCAGAACUGAAACCUGAGAUAAAAUAGGCCGGAUCGAUACUCUGACAAUAACUGUUCAUUGUUGAGGUCCAGUGAUUUAUCUUUAAAGACAGGAAGUGCGUUUUGACAUGCCUGCCAGUGAAGUCUCCAGUCGACGAAGCUCUGUGACGGCGGAUGUUCAGAACAAACCGGCAACACUAAACAUACAAGAGCCAGUCGCCAGGCAGAUUCAUACGCUGUCAGCAACUUCUAGGACCAACGCAGCGACCAGGCGAAAAUCCAUGAGUUUGUAUCCCAGAUCACAUCAAGCCGGCCAAACCGAGCUUUCGCAUCAACUGGCUGGAAAGAUUGCUAAUACAUACAAACUACGUCCUGAUGCAGACAAGCGAUUUCGCUGUAAGGAUGUCAAAGACGUCAUAGACAGCGUCUUGGAAAGCCACCUUAAAGAGCUUCCUUACGAUCCUGAAAAAUGUAAGAGCUUGCUACCCAGCAUCACAGACGAAAUCAAGGACAAAGUCAAGGUGCUUGGUUUUGAAAGGUUUAAACUUGUUUGUGUUGUGACCAUAGGACAAUUGAAUAACCAAGGAGUACGUUGGGCGAGCCGGUGCCUGUGGGAUGUCGAAACCGAUCGCGUGGCAUCAUCAUCGUUUUGUGGGUAUUUUUGAAGGAAAAGUGUGAUUGUUGACACGUUCCCGUUCCAAGUUAUGUAAUAAUGUUCUUCAUCCAUGGCGUGACUUGGAAUUUUCACUCACAAUGUCUUACGCUUAACUUCAAGAAAAGCUAGUUUUCAAAAGACACAAAUUAAAAAAGGCCAACGGAGGGGUCUACAAACAGAAAUUAAAAUGUAAACCAUUGAUUUUCAUGAUAUUUAUUUCAAGAUUAGAAGAAGGGUUGGGAAUUUGCUUGUUAUCAUUCGUUGGUUAUCAUGUUUGUCGUACUUCUCAAGAUAUCUGUGUGUUAAAGUGUUCAGGUUUGGUUCUUAUCAAUCUCCAAGAUACUGUUUAUGAAAUUAUUGGUGAGGACUCAAUUGAAGUAUUGUUCGUGCUUCAUAGUUUUAUUGCCGCCGACAUAAACGUGCGAUCUCCAUGGAAACGGUGAGCAAAGAUAAGUUUAGCAUUGUGUGACAGUGCGCGGUACAUGAAGUGUGUAAACAUUUAAUUAUUUCAAAACAAUUACGUAGCAUUGGUAUAAAGCAAUAAAAUGGCUUCUGUACACAA